AUGAGCUUUGGGAGCUUGAAGAGUCUGGUGGCGGAAGCGGCCAUUAGAGGAGUGACCGAGGCAAGGGCAAAUAUAUUUGGGCAUGUACUUAAUCCAACAGGGCAGAGAUCUUCGCACAAGAUCCUACGCAAGAAGCUGAUUGGUCAGAAAGUUGCAGAAUGGUACCCUUAUGACAUCAAGAAAGAUGACCCUCUUGUCAUGGCCCGACAAGAACAAGAGAGGCCCGAGUUUAUGUAUUAUCCAACUUGGAUCGUGGGUGAUUUGGUAUGGAGUAUGAUUGCAGAUACACUUUAA